GCACGACAGCGAAGCAGAAGGGGAAGCGAGAAGAAAAGAUGAGCGUCUCGGAUCUGCCACGGAAGGAGGCCAACGUGCUCAGGGGGCACGAAGGCGCAGUUUUAGCGGCGAGGUUCAACGCCGACGGGAACUACUGCCUGAGCUGCGGCAAAGACCGCACCAUCCGCCUCUGGAACCCCCACCGUGGGGUCCACAUCAAGACCUACAAAUCCCACGGCCGUGAAGUCCGCGACGUCCACGUCACCCCGGACAACUCCAAGUUAUGUUCUUGUGGUGGCGACCGACAAAUCUUUUACUGGGAUGUAUCAACAGGUCGUGUAAUUCGAAAAUUUCGUGGCCAUGAUAGCGAGGUGAAUGCUGUAAAGUUCAAUGAGUAUUCAUCUGUCGUAGUCUCAGCAGGCUAUGAUCAAUCAUUGCGCGCUUGGGACUGCAGAUCUCACAGCACUGAGCCAAUUCAGAUCAUCAACACAUUUUCAGACAGCGUAAUGUCUGUUUGUUUAACAAAAACAGAAAUUAUUGGUGGAAGUGUUGAUGGAACUGUUCGGACAUUUGAUAUGCGUAUUGGUAGAGAAAUAUCCGAUAACUUGGGGCAACCAGUCAACUGUAUCACAUUGUCAAAUGAUGGUAACUGCAUAUUAGCCAGUUGCUUGGAUUCUACUUUACGUCUUCUGGACAGAUCUUCUGGUGAACUAUUGCAAGAAUAUAGAGGUCAUACUUCUAAGUCAUACAAACUGGAUUGCUGCCUUACCAACACUGAUGCCCAUGUAGCUGGUGGAUCUGAGGAUGGCUUCAUUUACUUCUGGGAUUUGGUAGAUGCGUCUGUGGUUUCAAGUUUCCGAGCUCAUUCCUCAGUGGUGACAAGUGUGAGUUACCACCCAAAGGACAGCUGCAUGGUAACCGCCUCCGUCGAUGGCACCGUUCGUUUAUGGAAAACAUGAGAACAAAAGCAAUGGACCUUCCUCAGCUUGUGCCAGCAAUUCAGAUUUUGACAACUUCCUCCUGCAGAUAGUUUUCCAGAAACUUUUUCCUUGCUAGAGAGACCUGUUGAAAUUCCAUUCCAAGCUCCCAACAUGCUGUAAUCCUCUGCCUUAAUUGUUAAGAACACUGUUUGGGACUUCAAAUCUGCUAGCACACUUCACACAUCAUGGACUGUAUUAAAUUCAAGUACAUGCAUUUCUGUAUGUGGGCAACAUUCGCUUGGAAAAAAGCUUCUGGUAUUGGAUAUAAGAAAUGAAUUUUGUCAA